CACCGCAGUUACAGGAUCUGCGUGGCGCACAGCACGGCGCCGCAGGUGGUGCUGCGCGGCACCUCGCAUCGAUUCUGCCAGCAGCACGGCCGCUUCCACCUGCUGGCGGCCUUCACCGGCCGGCAGCGCAGCUGCGCUGCCAGCCUGACACGCCACCGCAAGCGCCGG